GGCUGCGGUACCCAUCAAGUGGAUGCAGGAGGAGGAGGAGGAGGAGGAUUAAGUGCUGGAGCAUCACUGCUAGAGAAUCAUGGCCAGCCAGACCCAGGGAAUCCAGCAGCUGCUGCAGGCUGAGAAGAGGGCAGCGGAAAAGGUGGCCGAGGCUCGGAAACGGAAAGCACGGCGGCUGAGGCAGGCCAAGGAGGAAGCCCAGGCAGAAAUUGAGCAGUAUCGCUUGGAGCGUGAGAGGGAGUUCCAACAGAAGCAGCAGGCGGCUUUGGGCUCACAAGGGAACUUGUCUGCCGAGGUGGAGGCUCAAACCCGGAAGAAACUUCAGGCUAUGCAGGGAGGCCAGGCCCGGGGCAAGGAUCGGGUCCUCCGUCAACUUCUCACCCUCGUUUGGGACGUGCGGCCCCAAAUACACCCCAAUUAUCGUGCAGCUAUCUAGGGGAUCCUUCAACCCAUCCUGUGAUUGCCACUUGAAAGCUGAGGAGACCUUAUUGACCAAUAUCUUCCAAAAAUCCAUGACUCAUCUUAAGACUCCCUAAAAAUUUAAAUUGUGUUGGUCUCAGAAUCCUAGGGCAAACAUCUCUAUCUAAACCUCCAGUGAGUUCUACGGAUCUGUAUUCCCAGAAUCUUUCCAACAAUUAUUUUUCAUAUGGUAUCACAACACAUCCAAGUUGUAGAAACCCAUUUAAUGGUAUUAUAAUUAAUACUCAUUAAGAUGAUUUCAAACUGUUCCAGAAACUUCCAGCCCCCUGGUUUACUGGUCCUUCAGUCCAAGGUAUUCCUUUAAGGGGAGGACAGUAAGGUCUCCAUAGCUGGUCCCUAUCAAAUGGGUCUGUUCCACAUCACUGGUUUUCUCUAUCCAUAUUACCACCCCAUAGCAUGAAGGGGUAUUUCUAGGAAACUAGAGAUCCCAGGAAUUUCCCCUGCUCUUGUGCUGGUGUAUAUAUGUGUGCUGAAACUAGCUUCUUAUUUUUGUACCCCAGUUCUCUGCUUAAUCUUUCCUGCUUCCCUGUCCCCAAAAUGUAUUUAUCUACAACUGGAUGUUUCAAUAGUGACUUCUGAAUGUGAUUACUGUAAUUAAAAGUGAUAUAGAAUUAAAA